AUGUAUGCAGGAACCGAUCAACCUUCCGGCCACAGUGGAGACACACCCCGACUCCGGGCCGCUUGCGAGAACUGCAGACAAUCAAAGGUGAAAUGCAAUCUUUCUGGAAAGAGUACCUGCAUCCGGUGUCUUCGUCACGGGCUGCCUUGUCGAUAUCGACUCGCCAAUCGGUCAGGAAAACCCAAGGGCAGCAAGAACAGAGCCACGUUGAAGAAGCUGGGAGAGCUGCCGGACGAGAAGCCUAUAUUGCGCGCUCUGAAGGGAAAGCACAACCCGGACACCGUCAUGGACGAUCACAACCACUCGAUAUGUGAAAGGUCCCGAGUGCUUCGGAGCAAUGAGGAAAACGUGCGUUGCGAUCCGGUGAAUCAGUUGGAUACAAUGCUAACAAGCAUGGUACAGUUCCACGAGAGCCCUAGGAGCCAGGACACCGACCUCACGGCGGACGCCUCCACCUCCGCGUUUGCGUAUUCUUCCUUCCAAGAGCCGCUGCCAUCUGCAGAUCCGGUAUAUGUGCAAGCCUCCAUGUCACCGACCUUUCUUCAAAAGGAGUUCAUCACCAAAGGCCUCACGAGCUGUCCCCUCGCAGUCCACAUCCCCGAUGUACCACAACCGAUGUGUGGAUGUGCAGGAACAGUGGUGUUCCAUAUGAACCAGCUGAGGGACAUGAUGGCCAACGCCAGCCACCUGCGAUUCGAUCAGAUCCUGCAGGGGGUCAAGGUAGCUCUGUCCGUCUGCCAAGGAUUUCUGCAAUGUAGAAAUUGUCCAAAGGACAGCACUAGUCUGCUGUUGCCUAUCUCUACGGUAGACUUUACACUGCAAAUAUUUGAAUACUGGAUAUCGUACGGGCUGGCGGCGCAGCAUUCAGUGGGAGUCGACGGUGCGAAGACGAGAUAUGGUGAUUAUGAAGUGUGUUCUGAGGAAAGUUGGUGGAUCAGUCGCUUCCUGCUGCGUGCGCGACUCGUCCAGUGCAAGGAGGUGUUUGCUGUACUGCAGGAAGCGAUCGAUGUCUGCCUCGGGUCGCCCUCCGGUCAUCUCGGGCAAGGGCUGUACGACGAGAACCGUGGAAGCUGUCUCAAUCAAAUUAUUCGGGGGUACGAAGCAACUGUGGAAGCUUUUUUGCGUUGUUUAUCGGGGAAUGAUGUAUGUCCUACUUAA